CUUGACCUUGACGCCGUUUCGCGUUUAAGUUACAAGUUGCAUUGUGUUCUAUGAUUGUGUUCGUUUUUAUACUUAUUAGUGCUAGUGCAGCUAAAUAGUUUGACUAUGACUACCAGAAAAUUUGUUGAUUUUUUUAAACCUAACCCUAAGAAACAAAAAGGUUACGUGAAUUCGGAAGCAUCAAGUACGACUUCAAUUGUUAAUCAAGAUAAAAAAGAAGACGCAAUCGGAAUCAAGGAGGAUAAUUGCGAUUACCUUUCCCCUUCGACUUCCUCGUCGGACAAAACAGUAUCCAGGUUGAAGGGUUUGGGAUCUGAUACAGACGAAGCUAAGGUUAGUAUAGAAAAUAAUGAUUUUGUUGGGGGUGAACAGCCAGUUUGUUGGUCUGUAGAACAAACUGUUGAAUUCAAAGCAAAAAAUCCAUGGUUAAUUGUGAACAGAGAACUAGGUUGCAAUGUUUGCAGAAGCGUGAGUACUCUAGGUGCCGGGAAAACGAAGGGCCUAAAGAUUAGCGAAGAGUGGGUUUUAGGAACUAUUACCGCUUCCGGAAACAAUAAGAAAGACCAGCAAUCCUCUCUUAGGAAAAAGAUAUUUUUACACCGUGGGUCUCGAGCUCACUCUUUAGCUGAAAAAAUACUCAAUGAAGCAAAGAAAGAUACAAUGAAAAAAGCUGUUGCUUCUAUGCAUCAAGAGCAGCAAAUUGCAACUGAGCGCAUUUUCCGCACGGCUUAUAAGCAAGCCAAAUUAAAUAGGCCAUUCUUUGAGUUUGAAACUGAAAUUGAUAUUCAAAUAAUGAAUGGUUUAGAUAUGGGCCGAAUCCUCCAUUCAAAUGUCGCUUGCUCCAAUAUAGUUCAUCAUAUUUCUGAUGAAAUGAAAUCAGACUUAAUAAAUGGCCUAAUCAAUUCAGACUCUAAAUUUUCCCUGCUUUUAGAUGAAGCCACUUCAGUUUCAAACAAAAAUGCUUUGGUGGUUUAUAUCAGAACUGUUCUAAAAGGAAUGCAAAACCCUAUGACAGUGUUCUUAACACUUUUUGAACUAAAUAGCACAACAUCAGCUGGUAUAUUACAAGAACUUCUAAAUCAGUUACAAGCAUUAGGUCUAAGCUUUGAAUUCAUAAAAGACCACAUGAUUGCUCUAACUUGUGAUGGUGCAUCAGUGCUACUAGGCAAAAAAUCUGGCCUUGCUAUGCAGCUUACUGAAACAUUCCCCAACUUGUUCAUUUGGCAUUGUUUGAACCAUCGUUUAGAGCUUGCCGUACACGAUUCCGUAGAAGAAGUAGCUGGAAUCAAUCAUUUUAAGAUCUUCAUGGAUAAAAUUAGAAACAUGUUUAGUUGUUCUCCGAAAAAUAGCAGGGAGUUGGCAGAAGUUGCUAAAGGACUAGAGGAGCAAAUUUUGAAAAUCGGCCGUGUUUUAGAUACUCGUUGGGUAGCUUCCAGCUUAAUGGCGGUGAAAGCAGUUUGGACAGAUUUUAAAGCUUUGUACAACCAUUUACUUGAAGCAUCUGAAGACAAGCAAAGGGACUCGAAGCAACGUUCGACUUACAAAGGGCUUUGUAGUACAUUGUCUUCUACAACUUUCGUACACAACCUUGCAUUGAUGUACGAUGCUCUAGAAGAGUUAGCUGAUUUGUCCCUUCAGCUUCAAAAAUCAAGCCUCAACCUUAUCCAAGCCCACAGUGAUAUAACACUGUUAAUCAAAGUGUUUGAAAACCGAGUUGAAAACAUGGGUAGACGUUCAGUGGAAGCUAAAAUUGCUAUUGACGAUUUGAUGUUUCAAGAUGUUGAACUUUAUGUGAGAGCCAAGAUACCAAGUAUUCCAGAAAAACAGUUCUAUCGGAGCCUCGCAAACAACUUGACUUCAAGGUUGCUAUCAUCUUCAAAUGCGUCUGAAAACUACAACACAAUCAUGAAUGACAUCAAAGUGAUCCACCCCAUGUAUUGGCCAAAAGACUUAUCCAUCACCUACGGAGAAUGUGAGAUCCAGCGAAUCUGCGAUAGAUUUAAGAUUAGCAGCUCUCAGGAUAUAAUUAGAGACUUCAGACACUUCAAGCAGGGACUGAAGCCUAUGUUAAGUGGAGAGAAACCUACUAUUCUUGAGCAGCCGCCGUCGUUUAAGAAACUGAUAUCCAUCAUAAAUAGCAUUGCAGUGUCUAGUGCUGAAUGUGAACGUGGAUUUUCUGCAAUGAAUUUAAUUAUGACUCCUCUUAGAUCUUCACUCUACAUUAGCACGGUUUGCGAUUUAUUGCGGAUCAGGCUCCUAGGACCUCCUGUGGCUAGAUACAAUCCCGAGCGACACGUCAAAACUUGGCUGGCGAAGGGACACCAUUCUGCACUUGACACCAAGUCAAAACAACGAAGGCAGAAAACGUACAAUGAAGACAGCAUUGCAUUGUGGGAACUUUUUUCCUAAACCCGUUCUUUUUUUAAUAUCUUUUAGAAUUUCAGAACAUUAAGUUUUCAUAAAAAUAACUAGGCCUAACUUGUAGUUGUGUUCUAAACUAAAGUUUUCUUAGUUUUCUUUUUGUAUUUACAGUUAGUUGUGUAUUGAUGUUUUUUUGCAGUUUUCACUUCAAAAAAUUAACAAACAACUAAUUUUACCAACUAGGCAUUGCCUUACAAUAUUAGACUACAAUGACUACAAACCGUACAUUGUCAUAAUAAGUAGAUGAAAUAACACCUUAACUUUUUAAAAUUUCAUUAAAUUUUUAAAAUGAAACCGUGUUACUUCUUUGUGUCAUUUAUUUUGUGUGUAAUUAAACACUUCCUUUUAUUUUCCAAGAAGUUGGUCUAUUUUGAAUGUAUAAAUAUUGUUUUUUUACCCAUAAGGUAGGCCAAAUUUUCUUUGUAAAAUAUGCAAAAUUGUAGUUCAAGCAAGCUGUUAUAUUCAAAAACAUCUAUUUACAUAUGGAUAUGUAUUAUUACAACUGUACUGUAUAUCAAUAAAAUUGUAAAUAAGGCUUUAUUUGUUUUUAUUUUACCAUUCAUUAAAAAAGUAAUAUUGGUAAGCUUCAUUGCUUCAAACAAAAUGGUCAGUGAAAGUAGUCAACAAGAUGUUAAUGGAGCAAAGGGUGAACUCAAUUUAAAUUCAUGUUUUUAUUUUCUUACAUCAUAAUCAAGCACUUUAAAAAGUAAUCACCAUUAAAAUAUCAAUUUUUUAUAAAAAUAAUUGUAGUAUUAUGUCUGGAUGGCCUAAAAACGCGGGUUUACAGUUAUAAUUUUCAAAACUUUUUCCCGGGGGAGGGCCCCCGGACCCUCCUCCUUCCUGGGGGGUAUUCCAGACCCCCCGGUCUGAGCAUCCUGCUUUAGAGUUCCCACACCUAAAACUUUAGAAAUUAAGCACUGUACUAAUAUCAAGAUAUUCCAGCAACAAUGAGUUUUGAAACAUUGCAGCAGAAAUACAAGAUAUUUUGUUAUGUGACACAUUGAGAUAAUAUAAUUUAUGCAUAUCGGAAAACAUAGAACUAUAAAGAAGCUUAAUCGAGUUACAAGAAAGAUCAACAUAUGUGAC